AAGCAUGAUUUGACGUGAGCUGAGAUCUCCUGCUGAUUGUGAAGUGCUGUGUUUCUUUUGUCUGGGUGGUGGCGGUGUUAAUGAGGUCAUGUUUGCAGUCAGCAUGGGGGAUAAUUAAUCACCUUACGUCGCAGUAGAUGCCCUUGUACCUGGUUGAGAGCAAGAUCGAAUUUUUUCAUGCCCUUUAGAUUUGUCGUAGAAUUUGGAUCGAUGGAUAAGGUCUGUAACGGAAAGGCAGAAUGUGCUCAGAGAAUAUAGAUCAUUCCGACAUCUGUUCUCCCAUGGUGUGAUGGUUGUAGAAGUUGAAAAUUACUUUUCGCGCUCGUCUGAUUUAUGUCUCUUACUGGAGCUUUUCUGCUCUUUGUUUGGAUUUAAUUGUAGCUGCGAGCUCUGCUUUCCAAUUGUUUUCUUGGAUCUCAUCACAACAUUAUCGUUGCCAAUCAGAUCUGCAUCAACCUUUGAAACACUGACCAGUCCUGCUGUUCUCCUUUCUCUUCCAUUUACUGUUUCUUUGCCGGCCAAUUCUGUAACGCUGUCGAACUUUUUUAGAUAUGGGCAUCUCUGAAAUGAACCUGUUUGUUCAGUCCAAACUCAAGCGGAAGAUAUCUGAUUACUGCACUGUGAAGAGAAAAGAAGUUUUGAUUUGAACUCCUAGUGUUUACAUGUGUUGUUUAAGGCUGACAUUUUAAGUGCUGAUGCAGCGCAAUCUUCUGGUCACUCGACUAAAGGAACCGACUUUUGACUGCUCUUAGUUGAAAUGUCAAACAAAUUGAGAGUCCAGGAGCUGAGAGAUGAGCUAGCGAAGCGGGGACUGGACACCACUGGCCUAAAGCCUGCUCUGGUAGCUAGGCUUGAUGCGGCGAUUGAAGCGGAUGACAAAGACGACAAGCAAGACACAGAUGACAUUGCAUCUGAUAACGGGAAAUCUUCUAAUGAUGAUGAGAAAUCGACAAACGCUGACAAGAAUGACAAGAAAGCAUCUGGAAAGAAGACUCAUGCUCGAGAUGACGACGAUGAUCAAGCAGCACCUCCCAAGCGAGUAAAGCUUGAAGAUGUUAACGCCAUGUUGGUAACCGAACUCAAAGACACCUUAGCUGAUAUGGGCUGCUCCACUGCAGGAGCAAAAGCAGCUCUGAAGAAGAGACUGAUAGCUGCUCUGAAAGCUCAGGAGAAAAAAGCUAAGGGAGUUGCCACAGAUGGAAAUGAUGGUGAAGACAAUGACAAAAAAUUAGUCACAGCUACCAAAAAAGGACGUGCUAUUUUGGAUCCAAACUUACCCGAGACUGUUAAGAACUCUUUUCAUGUUAUUGAGGAUGGUGAGGAUGUUUAUGAUGCGAUGCUGAACCAGACGAAUGUUGGUGGCAACAACAACAAGUACUACGUGAUUCAAGCAUUGGAGAGAGAUGCAGGUGGCCAGUUUUACAUCUUCACCAGGUGGGGAAGAGUUGGUGCAAAGGGACAGAGCAAGCUCUCCUCUUGUUCGACCCGUUUCGAAGCAAUACGUGCUUUCGAAUCUGCUUUCCAUGACAAGACGAAAAAUGAUUGGGAUAAGCGCAAAAAGUUUGAAGCGUACCCGGGGAAAUACACAUGGUUGGAAAUGGAUUAUGAAGAGACCAAUGAUAAGAAUGACGCUGCUAAGGAGAAUGACGUAGACAAAAAACCACGUGGCCCUAGCAAGCUCAAACCUGAAGUUGAGAAGCUAAUUCAGCUCAUUUGCAAUAUCAACAUGAUGAAGCAACAGAUGAUGGAAAUUGGGUAUGACGCGAAGAAGAUGCCUCUUGGAAAAUUGAGCAAGUCCACAAUUCUUAGAGGCUAUGAAGUUUUGAAGAGGAUCGCAGCGGCAUUGGACAGCAAGGCAACUGGCAGUGUACUUGCCCAGCUUAGCAGUGAAUUUUAUACUACAAUACCUCAUGAUUUCGGAUUCAAAAACAUGAGUCAAUUUGUCAUCAGUGAUCCCCAAGUCUUGAAAAAGAAACUGGAAAUGGUCGAAGCACUCGGAGAAAUUGAGCUGGCCUCCAAGAUCCUUAAUACUGCAGAUGAUGAGGAUGAUCCUGCAUACGGUCAUUAUGAAAAGCUUAAGUGCAAGAUCGAACCGAUGCCUAUGGAUAGUCCUGAUGCUGCAUGGAUUAAAGAAUAUGUGAGCAACACUCACGCUGAGACACAUGGCGCUUACAGUCUACAAGUGGAGCAGAUAUACGACCUUGAAAGAGAAAACGAAGAUAGCCGAUUCAAGCCAUUUGCAGACGAAAAGAACCGUAUGCUUCUAUGGCAUGGAUCAAGACUGUGUAACUGGACUGGUAUUCUUUCACAAGGUCUGAGGAUUGCACCUCCAGAGGCUCCAGUGACUGGCUAUAUGUUUGGUAAAGGUGUAUACUUCGCAGAUAUGGUUUCAAAGAGUGCUAAUUACUGUUAUACAUCCCCAACCGAAAAUACGGGAAUUCUCCUGUUGUGUGAGGUCGCACUAGGAGAUAUGCGAGAGCUCACCACAUCUGACUAUAAUGCUGACAAGCUACCACCUGGGUUGCUUAGCACGAAAGGUGUAGGGAACACCGCCCCUGAUCCGAAGCAGUUCAAGACUCUAGAUAAUGGUGUUGUUGUGCCCAUGGGGAAGCCUAAGAAGGGAGUAGGAAAAGGCGGGUAUCUUCUCUACAAUGAGUUUAUUGUAUACAACACCGCACAGAUUCGGAUGAAGUACCUUCUGUUGACGAAAUUUGUAUAUAAGAACAGGUGACAAUUGGACGACAUUUACUUCCAAUGUUUCCACUGUUAUCUUGCUCCUUUGGACGUAAAACAUUCCUUUCGAUGUUGACAGAAAGAGGUGCUGAACUCCAACGACCUCAAGAUUGGGCUUGUCAAGAGACAGACUUAAUGAACUUCUCCUGGCUAGAAACGUGCUGCAUCUUUCUCUGUAGCAGGACCUGGGUUUUGAGGAAUGAUUGGAAAAGCUUGUGGUGUUCGUUGUGCUUGGAGUCCACAAUUAAGCGCAGAACUCUCAGUUCUGUGGUCAGUGACAGUUUUGACGACGCAACGGCGUUGCAUUGCGGAUCGAAGGGUGUUUACAGCAGCCGAUCACCUGAAAUGUGGACAUUUCCAUUUGAACUGCCUGAUAAUCUAAAUCCCGGGUGGUCGGUCAGAACCGCAUGCAAGGAUUGUAGCCAGGGGAGGUUCAACACAUGUUCGUACAAAGUAAGGGUGUCAGUUUACCCUUACAAAAAUGGUUCUGUAGAAAUUUUUCAUGCCUAGAGCCGUUGCUGCAGAUUUUAUAAGGUGGCACCUCUGUAUGUCUGCUACAUUGACCUCACUUUACGGGGAACGAGGUCCUGUACUAUCUCACAAAACCUAUUAGCCCCAUCUAUGAUCUAUCUAGGUUUUUGCGAAUCUCCUCAUCCGUCUUUCUUUUCAGGAGCAGUCGCCAAGAUAGCUGAAUUAGGUCUCAUAAAAGUCACUGUUAGUUCAAGCACUAGGAAACUUUGUAAGUGUAACGAAAACGUGACGCUGUUUUCAUGUGAAUGUGCUAAUACAAUGAGUUGUGUGUGGCCUUCGUACGGGAGGUUACAUUGUGUUUGGC